GGUGCCCAGUCAAGCAUAAGGAAGUCAAAAGCACGUUUGCUGGUUGCUUUAUGUCUGCUGCACAGUUUCCCACAUAAACCUGUGCUAAAGAUGCUGUCACGAAAUCUUGUAAUUGCUUCAGUGGCUGUUGUGUUUCUGGCGUCCACCAUAUCAACGGCUCCUGUUGAAGAUAAGGAGCCCGAAGAAAAUGACUUUGAAGCUGAAGAGGGUGAAGAAGAACUGUCUGAGGAGGAAGAGGAUGAUGAUGACUCCAAAGGUCAGCAUAUGAAGGGAGCGGGAUCGCAGCAGGCCACUGCAGCACCCAAAGGCUUGGGUAUGACUCCUGGCAGCGGCGUCUCGGGCGAAUCCCCAAAUGGUCAGAAACUCAAUGGUGGCGCUCAAACUGGCCAAGUCUCAUCAAGCAGCACAUCAGGAGCUUCAGAUGGAAGUAACGGUAGAGAUGGUUACUCUCGUCCACCUGGAUCAAGUUCUCAUGGUGCAAGUUACGAUGGACAAGAGGGGUCCAAAUCAGAGAUACUUCCUUCAGGUGUAGGAGCUGGAGGAAUGGGUGCUAAUGGAGGUUCAGGAUCAAAAGUCCCAGGCACAGACGGGGGCGUCCAUUCAGUGUCUAUUUCUGUUGUGCCAUCAGGUCAAGGGUCAUCAGGCCACAUAGCAGCAGGUCAUGGGUCAACAAUGUCAUCCAGCCACACGUUUGGCCGACCGCCAGCAGGGCAGACGUCAGGUGGUGUGGGUGUCGUUUCCUCCGAGGUCCAUUCACAGCCUGCAGGGUCAGAGGGACUCGCUCCACAAUAUGAAAAUGGGGAAACGGCUCACGAGGGAUCUCAAAUCGAGUCUCCAGAAAUCCCAGAGAUAGAAUCUAACGGUAACGGGCACAAACAGCUUCUGAAUGGAGGAGAAACAGGAUUCACAGGUUUGGAUCAUUUCAUGCCAGGCACAUCUCAGAUACAAGGAACAGGUGGUUUUGAUUCAUUUGGUACAAGCCCCCAUCUGGAAAUAACAGGCAUAAUAGACCAAUCAAGCCAUGACUUCCUUGUUGGCUUAAUGGGUGGAAUAGGAGAGAGCUUUGGUCCAGACACCCAAACAGACGGUCUAGGUACGCUUUUAGACCUCUUAGACACUCCUCCAGACGUUCCACCCACAUGCCUAGUAACUGAUGCUGUCUCAACAGAUCACAUGGGACUCGCAUUUCAGGUGGAUUCGGCAGCCGCUGGCCUGAGUCCAGGGCACCCGUCCAGUGGCGGCCCGGUUCUAGACGCUCCUCCAGACUCUGCGGGGCCAGAUUAUGUUUCUGCUGACAAUGGCAAUGGUGAAUAUACACACUCAAUCAGCACGUCUGAUAAUGGAGCCCAAUCAAAAUCACCAGCCGACACAACAGAUUCAUCAGUUGUCUUGGACACAAUCUCACAUCCGGGUCAUUCCUUCAUAGACUAUUCAGAAGGAGGCGCAGAUAAUGGUGCGGAUUCACCCGAUACCAACGGAAACGGGAACGGUCGGCACAAACCUGUGGACAUACAGAAAGGUGACCCUUCAGCCGUUCAUCUCGACGUCAGCGGAACAGGCCAUCAUGACGCCAUGCCGGAGAUACAUCACACAGCUGGAGACCUGCAUGCCGUCAGCUCAAUUCCAGAUGCAGUUGGCGUACUUGAUCUAACGUUAGUUGACCACACCCUCAGCCCUUACGCUGACACGACUGGACGUGACGGUGUCACAGGUGGAAGUGCGCAGACAGAUAUGGCAGGUGUGGCGGGGGAUCCGCUGACUGAAGGACAGGCUCAAACAGAUGUGACGGGGCAGGGACAGCUAGCUGUGACUGACGGCAUGCCGAAUUACACAGCAGAUUCUGUUCAUGCGACUGGGACUGGAUUUACAGAUGCCUCAGAGACACAUAGUAGCAUGGUUCAGACAGACUUACCAGUCACAGGGGAUCCGUUCACAGGGGUUUCCUCACAGACAGACGCCAUUGGCACAGGCCAACCUGAUGCUACGGAGCAGACACAGCCAGCUGCUUGUUCUGUCCAGUAUCAGCAGGUGAACAGUACCACACAUCUGGUCAGGGUCCUGAAGGUGCAGAAAAUGUGGAACUGGAAGAUACCUGCUGACUUCCACAUGAAGCCGCGAGUGAGGUUUCUACGCUACAGAUUUCAGUGUACGGACCAGUACGCCUGGCAGAGGAACCGUGAACCCGCCCGCUAGACUUUAGGUCUCCUUUGUGUGUGUGUUCGUUUGUUUUAUUUUUGACUAUUUAAACAUUCAGAGGAUACUGUAACUUAACUUUUUAUUGUGCCUGUUUAUAAAAGUGCCCUGUAAGUAUUUUAUUCAUUGGUGCGCAGAAACAAAAAUCAAACUUUGAACGAGAAGUCACGAUUUAAAACGUAUUUUCAGAUGAAAUGCGCUGUGUAAAUUUAAUGAAAGUUUCCCCCCCUGUAAUGUCGCUACUGUAUUUUCUUGCCUAGAUGUUGGAGCAAUAUUCUUUUCAAAUGUCACAAAUUGUAUAUUGCUGAAUGUAUGUCAUUUGAAGAUAAUCUUUACAUUAAAUUGAACAUCUAUUUUGAACAUCAAA